UUCACGGAUCUGCUUCAAAGAGGCAGCUGCAUUAGAGAAUCAUGUUAAGCUCAGCUAAUGCGGAGAACCCGAGGUAGCCUAAUGAUGGAUUUUGAUGAGCGUGUUCCUUGUUCCUCUAACAUGUAUUUGCCAAGUUGUACUUACUACGUCUCGGGUCCUGAUUUCUCCAGCCUCCCUUCUUUUUUGCCCCAGACCCCGUCUUCUCGCCCUAUGACAUACUCCUACUCUUCCAACCUACCCCAGGUCCAACCUGUGAGAGAAGUUACCUUCAGGGAGUAUGCCAUUGACCCCUCCAGUAAAUGGCACCCCAGGAACAAUCUGCCCCACUGCUACUCAGCAGAGGAGAUCAUGCACAGAGACUGCCUGCCUGCCACCAACACGGCUAGCAUGGGCGAGAUGUUCGGCAAAAACACAGCAAACGUCUACCACCCCACCACCAACGUCUCUUCCAAUUUCUAUAGCACGGUGGGGAGGAACGGGGUCCUGCCCCAGGCUUUCGAUCAGUUUUUCGAGACGGCGUAUGGCACCACGGAAAACCUGUCCUCAGCGGACUAUUCGGGAGACAAGAAUGGCGAGAAAAUGCCUCCGACAGCUCCUGCAACUUCAAGUUCGGCAGGCGGCUGCGGCAGAGAGGCGGCAGCGGCAGCGGCGGAGGAGAAGGAGAGGCGGAGGAGGACAGAGAGCAGCAGCAGCCCGGAGUCAUCUUCCGGCAACAAUGAGGAGAAAUCCAGCAGCUCCAGUGGACAACGUACCCGUAAAAAGAGAUGCCCAUACACCAAAUAUCAGAUUAGAGAAUUAGAAAGAGAAUUCUUCUUCAGUGUCUAUAUAAACAAAGAGAAACGCCUCCAGCUUUCCCGAAUGCUCAAUUUGACCGACCGUCAAGUAAAAAUAUGGUUUCAAAACAGAAGAAUGAAAGAAAAAAAAAUUAACAGGGACCGAUUACAAUAUUACUCAGCUAAUCCACUACUUUAAAACUCAUAGCGUUUUUCAAAAUGAGAUUAAAUUCAAAUUUCGCCCUUGACAAGGUCAAGCCGCAGGGUUACAUUUAAGAAGGAGGUGUGUAACUGAAGGGACUAUGAGAACUAUGAUUUUACAUAAAUGUAAAUCAACUCUGGACUUUUAAUUUUUUAAUUUUUGAUAUUUACGUAUCAACUGGAAUCGAUUUGAUGUUGACACACAUGGCUUCUAGCGCCAACAGGCCAGCCACAAUCUUUGCUCUGAGUGCAAAAUUCAUACCUCUUACCUUUAUAGACAGUUCCGUUCGUUCUGUUAUGGUUUCAGUAAUUAAAAGUGGGAACUGAACCUUUGCCUAUUCACUGUUUAACUAUUGUUUAUCUUGUUCCUUUGUUUUACUGUGGAAUGUGUGUGUGGAAAUUACAUGUCGAGUUUACGUGCUGAGGACCACUGCAAAAUAAAGCUUCGCAAAAUAUUUUUUUUCCUUCGGAAGAGAAUUUCUAUCUUAGAGCAGUGCUCCAUUACUAAUUGAUUUAAAUAAAAAUAAAUACAUAUUCCUUUACAAGGCCAAUCAAGAAGGUUAUAGUACAGACGAAGUGAUGGAGAUAAUCGUGUUUUAUUGGGUUCGGGGGGGAAUGAUAUGAAAGACUUGAUUAUUUACUUUAAAAAUAUGUCAGGCAUAAAUUUGCCAUAUAUCGUAAAGAAACAAUCACUGAAAAUAAAAUGUUUAGCAGUUGUCAUAUUAGCUCUCGAUUUAUUUAUAAUAACUGUCUAUACCUUGCCAUCCUUUAGAAACUAAUCAUGAUGUCCAUAUUUAAACGUUAAAAAAUGGCAAAAUGAAUUCCAAAGUUUUAAAAGACAAAAAUAAAUAGAAAACUAAGAUUCUGGCUUCUGGCGCACAAACUUUCUUCAGGAAAUACCUGUGGAGAACGAGAGUAUGGUAAAUACCACACAACACUUAAAUGUAACUUGGAUUUGUACAAUACACUAACAUUGAAUCACCAAAAUAAUUUAAUCUUCUGUUUCUUUAGAAGGUUGCUUGUAAGGAAUUUAUUCAGAAGCCGAACAAUGUAAAUAUGGUAAUUUUGUUUUCAUGUGUUGUUGUCUACUUUAAAUGUCAUGAGCUCUGCUUCGUCCCUCAGGCGACAUAUACAAAGAAUCGAUAGUUGUUUGGAGUUAUUUUAAACAUAUACAUAUAUAUAUAUAUAUAUAAAUAUAUAUAUUGUCCUGCAGGAACCAAAGCGAGAAAAAUGCAAUUAAAAAUAUUUAAAAUUCUAUAUCAGUUUACAAAGGAUACGAUAAUCUAUCGUGAAGGUAAUUUGCUGUUGAGAGUACGUGAAUGUAUAUUUCAUACAGGAACAGUGUUUUACAAGACUUGUAAAUAAAAAAAAACAUUACCUAUUUUGUUUUAAUACAUUUUUUACAUAUUUUUUUCCUUUGGGAUGAGAGGGUGCCUUUUUUUUCUCUACAUGAGCAACUAAUUGGUGAUAAUUAUUUUUGAACAAUCAACUUACCAAAUGGAUGUAAUUUCUUUUUACACAGUUCACAAAAUGCAAUACCUUUGUAUUACAUCACUGUUUUCAAUAUCUAUCAUCUAUAUGUAUAUACAGUUUUCUUUUAAUAUGCGAAAGUAUUUGGUUGCAUGUAUACAAUGGAACAA